AUGAAGAUAGGUAUAGAAUAAACUUACUAAAAUAGCCCCUAUUCUUUAUGUGAUACUUUAAGGAAGCACUUUAGUGAUAAAUAGCAUCCUUAAUCCUCAAUUCUUCGAUUUUUCAACAAUUUCUUUUUAUUAUUUUGCUUUUGUAAUGAUAUUGUCCUUGAUAUUUUAUGCUUUGACUUCUUUCAAAGAUGUAAAUAGCAUUUUAAGAAUUAGCCUGGCUAUCUGAUAAUCAGGAGUCCUAGCAAUACGGAUUGUUCAAAUUAAAUGACAUAAAAACGCAAAAUGUUUUAAUUUUAAGCCUUGCCUUCGAAUGCUAGAACUUAUCCAAUUAUUGAAUAACAAAACCCAAUAUAAGAAUAAAAAUCAGAAAACGAAUAGUAUUUAAUUUAAAUAUUUGAAAGAGAAUUACCAUGUGAAGCCUCAUUGGAUGUUAAUCAAAUGCCAGAAUUUGACAUGAAUUAAAUUCCCUCUUUUGCUAAAACUCCAGACAAAUAUCCAUCUCCUUUUAAAUCCAAUAAUGCAUAAAAAAUGUUCCAAGAUUUCGAUUCCAAAUAGCCAUCCACAUAAGCCUUUUCGAUUCCAAGCUAAAAUGAACAUGAAACCAUAGUUCCAAUCACCAAUAAUGAUGAAUAAAAGGAUGUCAAUGCACAGAAAUAAGAAGAGAAGUCUUCUCAGAUUAGUAAGAGCGAAGAGAAAAGAAGGAACAACAAACUUCAACCAUCUCUAGCUAUUUAAGUGCAUUCUGUUUAGAAUGAGUUUAUAAGUGAACAAUAUUCUCCAGGAAUGUCAGAGAGAAACAAGAUUACUCAAUCAACUAGGGCAACCAAUAAGGUUUUCAUAGAGAAAAGGUUCAACAUUUUUGAAUACAUUAGAUAUUGUCCAAUUUGUUCAAUUGACCAAAUUGCAAGAGCUAAACAUUGUUAAUCAUGUAACAAAUGUGUAGCUUGUUAUGACCAUCAUUGUCCUUGGGCUGGCAAUUGCAUUGGAGAAAGGAAUAGAUGUGUCUAUUAUUGGUUUUUAGUAUUUUAGAUUCAAGAAAUCUACUAUGCGUUUAUUAGCGUAUUAAGUUUCAAUAAACUAGUUUUUAGACGUUGCAAAAUCUAGAAUUUGAUCAUUACAAUCCUCUCUUAAAGUUCUUUUCAAUUUACUUUUUUGCAGUAACCAUAUUUUUUGGAAUCUUGGUAACAAGAUUACUGUGUUUUCAAACAUUUCUUUCGUUUCAAAAUUUAACUACUUGUAUUAUUUGUUAUUUAGAAUAGGGGAAUUCUAUAGUUGGAAUAAGAUCUCUUAUUUGCAAGAGUUAUAAAGAAGGAAUGGAUCUCCAUUUAGUUAUGGAUGGAAAAGCAAUCUAUUAACCUAUUGUAGAUUUAAAAUACCACAACUAACUAUUUGGGAAUACAACCCAGAGAGAGUUUAUAAAUGA